AUGCCUGCAUCAUUUUCACCGGAUUCUUCCUCCAAAUCGUCUUCUACGAGUUCAGAAGAUCCACGAGUGAAGCCACGACAUUUAGAGAUACGUAUUCUGUACAAUGACUAUGAUUCUAACUGGCAGAAGAAAGUCGUAUUGCUGGCAAAAGAUGCGAUUCAGACUGUGAUGGAGAAGGGAGUGGAGACGGAAGAAGCGUACUACCAGAAGGUAGCAGCAUUAUUGAAGGAAAUGUUAGGAGCCACUUCAGAAGAGGAGAAGACAAAAAAGUGGAAUAUCAUUGUGGGAAACGACUUCAACGUUCAUGCUGAAGCUGUGAAGGAUACGAUCUUGUUUUUCGCAGUUGGAGAUGUCAAAUUUGUGAUUUAUCGAACUUUAAACUGA